GAAAAGUAAAUGAAAUAGCCCUCAAAUCCAGAAGGCUUGAAGUUGUUAGCUUGUAUAUUCAUUUAUUAUUUAUGAUAGUUUUGUGAUUCACUCAGUCCCUCUGACUAAACACACUGAAGGUUGAAUGAAACAGAGUUUGUUAUGGGAUAUUCACAAAUGUAAAUGCAUGGAAAAGAAAUACCUGAUUGCAACCCCCAUGAAAUGGUCAUUUGAACCUCCCCAAAGUUGUCUCUACCAACAGGUUGAGAACUACUGUAUAAGCGAGAGGACAUUUGUGCUGCUGAGACUAAAUAUCUGUCCCAAGGCAAUUCCAGGUAUCAUAUCAGACUCUCUAGGCAGAAGAAUUGACUGAGUCCAAGUCAAGAGUACUCCAAAACUAAAGAGGUUUGGGUUGGCAACCAGAUCACAGAGGGAAUAAAAAGGAAAGUUCCCUGAGGUACAUGAAGUGAGGUAAGGGGGAAUGGAAAAUGGAGGAGCAGUCUCAAACAGAGGUCACUGGUGUGGCUUGGAGAAAGGAGAAGGAGGAACUGAGGGCUCACCUUUCUCUCUGGCCUCACAAACCCUCUAUGACUCUCUCCUGCUCUGUGAUGCAUACCUGGGCCUAAGGUGAGUCCCAUACAACCUCUGAACUCAGAUGCUUUAGGCAGCCAUGUGAUUUAGUCUAUGGAGAACAUCAUCUCUUUUGUAAAUAGAUAUAUUAAAAUAUAGUUAGACUUUGAAUCAGCUUUUUUGGAUACUGACCCCAAUUAUAUCUUUCUGUGUGGAGUGGGGUUUAUUCUUCUAUACCUAUGGUAUUUGAUAUUGAAACCAUUCUUACCACCACCUUGGAAAAAUCAGGACAUCAAAAAGUGGCAGAGCACAGCUAAGAAAGGAAGGAGAAGAUCAUUUAAAGGUUGUAGAACUACCCAGAGACAAACAAAGGAGUGGAGGAAGCUGCUGUCUGUUGUGCAAAGCCCCCUAGGUGAACUGCAUGAUCACUCCCACUUCCGACACCUACUAUAUCCAGAUUCUUCCUGUGACGUGUGUAAUGGAACAACUGUUAAGAUUAGUCGCCUGCUUUCUCAGAUCACCCUUGAAGAUGGUGCUGCCUCUGCGUCCAGUAUGGAUUUCACCACAGUUUCUGAGUCCGAGACCUCAUUGACUCUGUCCCUUCCCUUCCCAGAAAAUCCUUCAGAAAAUCCAAUUUCAGACCCUCCGCAUGAACUGUCUCUACAGUCUACCUCCAUUAUUUCACCUCAACAGAGUGCCCACUUAGAAGACACAUUUUCUGCCUCAUCACUGGGUGACUCUGUGCCAUCGGAAUCUAUUCCUCCUGUGAAUGCUAAAUUCUCUCUAGACCACGAUUCUCUCCAUCCAUGUGCCACUUUCCCGCUUCCACAACAACAUGCCACGCAGGAAACAGAACUGCUUCUCCAACCAACAGCCGUACUAUCUCUGGUGGACAGCCCUAGGGAGUUGUUUACCAUUCCAACAAACAAGGGCAUUUGCAGUUCAAGGCAUGCAAUGUCAGAAUUUAUUCAUCAGACUGGUACUGGCAUCUCUUCCCAGUUGGAGCCAGAACAUCUGGUUAACCAGGAGUUUCUUGACCUCCGUUCUUCUGAAUCUUACUUAUGGGGAAACAACACAACCAGCCUUAAAUUACCUGGAAACCUUUCCUUUUCCAACCUUGAUUCCAUGGUAAUACUUGAGAGACAAGAUCAAAAGAUGGCUUAUUCAUUUAAAACUUGUGAGACGAUCCAAGAAUCUGAUCAGCAGAACUUGGCAGUUUCCUAUCCUUUGGGGAGCUGCAAAGGUAAACCAGAGAGACUUCACAUGCACCAGCAGUCCCCACAUCUCAAGACCUCUGAAGAUCAGUUAGAGCCUAAACAUACACAGUUUUUCUGGGACAUCCCUUCUCUACACAGCGAGUCCAUGAACUCUGUUGCUCCUGUGUGGGCUGACAGUUCCUUGACCUCUGGAUGCUUCAACAGAUUCUCAGAUUCUGCAGUGCUUACUAACCACACACCUUUGUUCUUGCCUGAAACUCAACCACAGAACUUGUCCCAAACUCUGUCCACAUCUCAGUCACAACCUGUCCCUCUUGCCAAGACUCAGACCCAGCUUCAACACCCAAUUCCAGUGCUGUCACCUUCUCUGCUAUCCCAGCUUAGAAUCUGUGGGGUGUAUUUUCACAGACCCCAGGAUAAAGGACAACCUCUUGAGGCAUCUGCAAUCCACUGCCUAGAAUACAACAUCUUGAAAAAGGUGCAGGAAAGAGUGUGGGGUUUACCCACUGUGGUCAAAAAAUCCCAGGAAGAAUUUUGUCCCCCACCUCCCAAUCCCUCAUUAGUCAAGCAGUCUAAGACCUAUGCUCUCAGGCCCAUCUCUCUUGGAAAUUUCCCCCUCACCAGUGAGCUCCAGAAGAAACUUGAGCACCACCUUCGAAAGAGGCUCAUCCUACAACGCUGGGGUCUACCCCAGAGGAUUCGUAACUCUCUAUCAUGGAUGAGUCCUCGAGCAGAACUUUCAGAGGCAUCUUCAUCUACAAGCAACUAUGGGCUUUCAUGGAUCUCUUUCUUUAAGCAACAGGGCAGUAAAGACCUACACAACAAUGUAUUGAACAAACCUGAAAGCUUCCCAGCAAGACAAUCAGGGGAGAAACUGUUAAAGGCAAAGGGACAUAACCUAGAGACUGUUCAAAAACACCAACUAUGGAGCAACACCAAGGGCACUCCAGAUAAUGGCCUGCAGUCUAACUGUGAGACAAUCCUACAACGCCACCCAGGCAAUCUGUCAGGUAAACCUUCAUGGACCUCAUGGGUGAGCCAAUGUCGGGAAAAAUUUGAAACUGCGCUGCAAAAGCCUUUGGUCAGUCAUCUCAAUGAAACCAGUAAGGGCCAGAGUGCUGGUACAGCGUCCAGAUCAGGGCAUUGUCCUCUCCCUUUUACCUCACGUGUGGAUAAUGAAGAACACGAGGCUCAGAGACAGUCACGUUCUGUUAACAAGGACGGACACGCCAAGAGCACAUAUACAAUGACAAAGACUGUUCUGCACCAGGCAUCCAUGGUCUUAGACAACACCAGUAUGAAAGAGUCAGAGGGCAAUAAACACAGCCCAGAUGUGCCCAGAAUAUCCACUGAGGCUGCCCCUGCGCCAUUGGGUAAGCGACUGGAUUCAGGAAGAACAGCCUUGGGGCUUCAAGGAGCAAAGGUGAAUGGCAAAAGCAUAUUUGUAUCUGACAAGAUCAGUAACAUAGUCAAGGGAGGGCAGCCCAGUGUUCUUCAACCACAACCUACCAAGAUCUUGAACACCAGCCAGGGCAAGAGUACUCAAGGGGCAGAUGGGAAGACAACAAAAGCACAAAAUACUCUGGUAGCUGGAAGGACCCUGAAAGAAAUAACAGGUCCCCAGGAAAGUCAGACAUCUGACUGUAAUAGUCAGGUAUCCAGGGAGGGGAAAUUUAAACCAGAAAGCAGGCUGCCCAUCCAAACUCUCGGGCCCCAAAUGACAAGCUCCCUGCCUCAAAUGAAUUCAUUUACAGAUUUUAACUCAUGCCUGACCAGAGCCCUUCCAGUGGUCCAUGAAUGCUUCUCAGGUGCAGCAGGUUCACUGGUCCACAACAGAGCUUAGUGUGAAACAGCAACAGGAACCAUGGAUGCAUUCAUAUGUCUUAGACAAGUGCCAGAAAAGGACUUCCCUCUAUCUGCCAAGAGGGCACAUUUUGGCCUGCAAAACAGGAAAGCUUGGUGCAGGUGAUUCUUUCACUGACAAAAAAAAAAAAAAAAAAAAAAAAAGAGAGACAGAAGCAGAGAGACAGAGACAGUAGCAGACAAGCCUAUAAGUUACAGAAAUGUGUGGCUGUAUGGCUUUAUAGAAGAAGCUAUUGUGUCAGAAGCAUUACUCAUCCAUGCCUCACAGUAGCCAGAGCCUCACUGAUUUCUCAUCUAUAGGUGUCAUUUGGGUCAGGUACCUUCAGUUACUCCUUUUGGUUGUAAGCUCUGUGUCAGGAAGCUCAGCUCAAUUUUACAAGCAGAAAAUGCUUUUCCUGAAUUUCUAUCAGAAAAGAAUUUCUCUACUCCUCAGUAUUCCAUCCUUUAUUUACAAUACUGAUUGCCCCCAAUAAAUGUUCUGAAAAGGUG